AUGGACAUUUCACCAUUGGAGAGUUCCUUCGAGCUGCCCUACCAACAGAACAACCAGCGUCGCUUCAGUGAUGAGUUCGAUGAUUUUGAAAAUUUCAGCCACCAUUUCAACCUUCCAGCUGACAGGGUGCAUUGCAAUGGUUCCGGCGGCAGCGAAGGUAAUGCAAGUAGCAGCAGAACCAAGAAAGAGAAGGAGGAGGAGGAGAAGAAGGAGGAGGAGGAGGAGGAGAAACCCAGCAGUAGCAGCAGAAGGAGGAAGAGUACUUCUUCACCUGUCUUGGAACUUGAAGAAAUCAAAAAGCACUUUGGGUUGAAGAUAACAGAGGCGGCAAAGGAAAUGAAUGUUGGGUUGACUCUCCUCAAGAAAAGGUGCAGAGAGCUCAAUAUUAUGAGGUGGCCACACAGACAACUUCAGAGCUUGAAGUCAGUCAUCGACAAUGUCAAGGAAUUGGGACUAGAAGAUGAGCUUGCCAAGUUGGAGGAGCAGAAAAGAAUGUUGGAGAGAACACCGGGAAUGAAGCUGAGUGAGAAAACAAUGAAGCUCAGACAAUCUUGUUAUAAAACUAAUUACAACAGGAGGAGGAGAAAACAGAACACUAUAGGGAAGGACUCAUCACUUGGUAGCUAG